ACUCCUACUUUAACAAAUUAGUUGGGCAAAAAAUUAAAUAGUUCAACUUUUUCACGGAAAUGAAGAGAGAAACUUUCUUCAUCAUCUCCUCCACUUAUCCAUAACCCUCCCUCAAAAAAAAUGUCUCUAACCUCUCCUCCAAUUCUCCAAUUCAAAUCUCUCUCCCUCUCAACGCCAUUUCUCCGUGGCGGUGCCUCGUCUAUCGUACGCCUCCCAAAGACCUUUUCCACCGCCACCCCUUCUCCGCUACCACCUACGCCUACAUUCCUCCCUGUUAUCAGAGCAAUGAAAUCCAUGCAAGGCAGGGUUACUUGUUCAUCCCACGACGAGACUGUGACUGUGCAAGUUGUACGGCUUGCUCCACACCCGAAGUACAAUCACCGCGUUAGGAUGAAGAAGAAGUACCAAGCUCACGAUCCAUUGAACAAGUUCAGUGUUGGGGAUGUUGUUCAGCUUGAAAAAAUCAGGCCCAUUAGCAAGCUCAAGACUUUCUUGGCUGUCUGGGUUCCCAGUCGAGGCGGGCCGAAGGCAAAAGACUCGGAAUCGCAGGAGUUGGGGCUUCCACUGGAGUCUCAGCAGCCUGAGAGUUGAAGAAAACAAUUGAGACAGUUGGUGUUUAAUUGUAAGUGGAAUCUUUAUUUUUGUUGGUGUUUAAUUGUAAGUGGAAUCUUUAUUUUUGUGUUCUUUAUCUUUUCAUUGUAAUGAAUGUUAUACUGAAGAUCUUUUUGUUAAUGUAAUGUAGGGAUAGUUUUAUGCUUCAA